AUGGAGAAGCACUCAGAGGAAAGCGGAGAGCACCUGCUGGGGCACCGUGACGAAUAUAGUGACGACGAGCUCGAAGGGUCUAAAGGCAGACAACCACGAUCUGCCUCUUCAUGGUUACGCACCAACUUCCCCUUAGUUUUGAUCUUGCUGGUGUUACUCUAUAUCGCAGUACUUCAGACUAUUGAGCUCUCGUGGAAGUCGACACGAUGCCCCUCAUCGAAGAGCUGGGGAACCAACGAUGAUCAUCACUAUGUCUUACCACAAGACGCUCUAAAAUAUGAAGAGAGACCAGAAUGGUAUCAACCUCAGUUACCAUGGCAUCAAGAACCUUCUGAUGCACUAGACGAAGUGUGGGAUGAUCUCCUAUACUCGCUCAAUAUCAGAGUUAAAAAGGAGGAACUGGAUCUUUUACAGGAGAACAAGACAAAUCUAGUCCAGAUCACCGAGGGCAGUGGUGACGACUACGUCGGGGUCAUCGGAGUAUACCAUCAUAUGCACUGUCUGAACAAUAUCCGCCGGCUACUGAGCUGGGAUUAUUAUGGACCCAAGAUGGCUGGCCAAAAGCACAUGGAGGGCUUUUCCCCGGAACAUUCCAACCAUUGCAUCGACACGAUACGGCAGGCGCUAAUGUGCCACGCCAACACGGGAUUGUAUACGUCGGAGUGGGAUGAGAAGACACACAUGCCAAGUAGGGAUCUAAGGUCGAGUUCGGUGACCACGUGUGUUCGAUGGGAUAGUCUCAAUGACUGGGCACGACAGAGGGCUCUGAGACCUGGUCAGUAUAAGUACCAGCGACCCAAGCCGAAUCCGUGA